UGUCAUUGUUUUUUUUGCAAAAUUUUGCUUAUCCACCGCUUUUCGAGGUUAUGUCCGUAUAUUUUCAUUAAAUUUUGAAAUUCAUUGAAUUAAUUUCGAUAUGGCUGAAAGUGCUGGCAACUGGUGCUUAAUCGAAAGCGAUCCAGGAGUUUUUACGGAAUUAAUACGAGAGUUUGGAUGCAAAGGGGUACAAGUCGAAGAGUUGUGGAGUUUAGACGGAGAACAGUUCGAAAGUUUAAAACCCAUCCAUGGAUUAAUAUUCCUGUUCAAAUGGACAAAAGAUGAUGAACCUUCGGGUUCUGUAGUACAAGAUAAUCGUUUAGAGAAAAUUUUCUUUGCUAGACAAGUUAUAGAAAAUGCUUGUGCGACUCAGGCUAUACUGAGCAUACUUUUAAAUUGUCGACACUCUGAUUUAAAGCUUGGACAUACUUUAUCAGAGUUGAAAGAAUUUUGUCAAGGAUUUGACGCCAAUAUGAAAGGUUUGACUAUUAGUAAUUCUCCUGUUAUCAGAACAGUCCAUAAUUCAUUUGCUAGACAACAGUUGUUCGAGUUCGACCCUUCAGCUGCACAAAAGAAUGAUGAUGUGUUUCAUUUUGUUGGUUAUAUACCGAUAGAUGGACGAUUAUAUGAGUUGGAUGGUUUAAAACAAGGCCCCAUUGAUUUAGGGGCUAUUCCCGCGGAAGCUGAGUGGACAGACAUUGUUAGACCAAUUAUUGAGAAAAGGAUACAAAGGUACAGCGAAGGCGAAAUCCAUUUCAACCUAAUGGCGAUAGUGAGCGAUAGAAAAAUGCUGUACGAACGACAAAUCGAGGACCUUCAAAAGAGCGACUCGAUGGCUAUGGAAACCGAUUCGCAGCGAUCGGAAAUCGCCAGGCUGCGAUUGUUGAUCGCGGAAGAGGAGAACAAGCACCACCAAUAUCAAAUAGAGAGCAUCAGGCGGAAACACAAUUACUUGCCGCUGAUAGUGGAGAUACUAAAAAUUCUAGCCAAGGAAGGGAAACUCUUGCCGUUGUACGAACAGGCCAAGGAGAGGACGAUAAAGAGACAGAAAACGAAAGUUACGACCUAAAAUUUUCAUGUAAUGUCUUAAAAAAAAUGUAUGAAGUGAAAUUUUGUAUUUUUAAAAAUGUAAAACAUGUUGAGUGAAAUAAAAAGUAUGAAUUCGA